AUGGCAAGGAAAUAUCUACAGCUACUGACAGCAAUAAUUGUAUACCAAUGUGUUAAUGUUGUUCUGAUUAUUACUGGAACAAGCGGUUACACGUGUCAUUCUGGAAACGGUGAAGUACUCAUUAGAAGUUCAUCUCUAGACGAUUCAAUGAAACAUUCACAUAGUGAAACAAUAUUCAAUAGUAUUGAAAAUAACAAUAAUAGUAGUGAAAAAAUGAAACAGUUAAGAAAGCGAGGUGUAUUCACAUCACCACAAUGGCCUAAAUUAUAUGAACGUGGCACACGCUGUAUUUAUCGUUUUAUAGCAAAUAUUGGAGAAAAAGUUCAUAUAAAAUUCGACCAGUUCUUCCUAUCAGGUGAUAUGCCAAUCUGUUCAGUCGAUUUCUUAGAUGUAUAUAUCGAUGUUGCUUCAUCAACUCUAGAUAUGGACAGACAAAGUGCUAUAUUUACGCAAGCAUCUUCAUCAGCUUUGACUGGUGAACAACAAACAACAACACCGUUUUCAGCAGCCGUUUACUCUUCUGUAUUGGACAAGUCAGAUUUAUUGGGACGUUACUGUGGAAAUUUCCUGUCAUCUAACUCAGUGACAUUUACUAGCUUGCAUAGAGAGCUAGUAAUCGACUUUUAUGCUGAUUUAGAAAGACCUGGAAAUUCAUGGUAUACGUCUGGAAAGUUGCAUAGUUACGGUUUCAAUGGGACAUUUGAAUUUAUUAACGAUGAUGCUUUCUACCCAGGUAAGGCGCUUUCAUCAGCCGAAUUGCAUAUACCAUUUGAAGACGAUUUACCUUCUUCGCCAACUACUACUAGCAGCACUGUUGGUGUCCCCACUCUCAUCCGCAGCAGCAAUUGUCGUUUUCGUAUUGAAGCAGAACAUAUGCCUAAGACAGGUACAGAAGGAGGUACUAAUUUUUUAGAUGAUGUAUCAGGUGAAUUGAUCUCACCUACUUAUCCAGGCUUUCAUCCUAAUAAUCUUAUCUGUGCAUAUCAGUUAAUUGGUCUUCCAUAUCAACGAAUUAAUUUGGAAAUAUUGGAUAUAAACUUAUACUCAGGUUCACCAGGAUGUCCAAAGGAUUUCAUUCAGUUUUAUGAUGGAUUUCAGAUAGACAACACAAGUAUCAGUACGAAUUCAAUCGGUCAACGUAUAUGUGAUAUUUCGGAAGAUAGUAUUCACAUUGUAUCUAGUGGGCCAAGUCUAGUUGUAUUAUUUGUGACGGGUCAGAUACAAAUGAGCCAUACUAGUGGUAGUAGUAAUAAUGAUGAACAAAAUGUUAUGAUGAAAGUGUUCAAUUCAAAUCGUCGUGGUUUUCGGUUACGUUACACUUUUACAAAAAAAUUGUUGCCUGUCAGUGAAAUACCUGGGGGCAGUCAUAUUCGAGGAACAGAGUGUGACUAUCUGAUAAAUCGUCAUGAUUCAGUUGAAAGACAACUUGAAUCUCCUACACUGAAUAACAAUCUUGUAUUAAUGCCAAACAGAGUAUGCAAUUUCAUUUUUAUUGGAGAUCAGUUUAGACAAUACUUUGAGACUGUGUCUAUUGGAUUUGAACAAAUAGAAUUGCCGAAACCAAGUGAAGGAAGCCAAAAAUGUGACCGAGGUCAUAUGGCAAUUUAUGGAAGCAGAUCGUCUAUUGGUGAUCAAAUUAUUCAGAAACCAAAGUAUGAAUAUUCUCAUGAGAUACUCCAUUCGAAUAAAGAACCUGAUCAUAUCUUUUGUGAUAGAUUAAAUGAACUAGAGUCAAUUACAGUUCGAUCAGGAUAUCAUCACUAUCCAAUCAAUGGACGACAUAAUGUUCUUGUGAUAAGAUUUAAUUCAAGUGGCUCUGACCUACCUGGUCUGAGUAUGAAAUUUACUUUGAACUAUAGAUUUAAAAAAGAUUUUGGUAUUCCCGGUACAAUGAUCAAUCCUGGUGGUUGUCAGUUUUUGUAUAUUAAUUCUUUCGACGCAACAGUGUCUACCACUGAAGCUUCUUCUUCUUACUCUUCUACUGCUUCAUCCAAGUUAUUUACCUCUCAAAUGAAUAAAAUACCUCCUAAAGGGUGGACUAAUUCGCCCUUAUAUCCGAAUGAUUAUUCGCCCAAUUCAGAUUGCUUGUAUAUAUUUACACCACAGACUGAUUAUCUUGUUGAUCAGUCUAUCCGAUUAGUUUUUGAAACCUUUACAACUGCACAUAGACUACAGAUGAAAGAUGUUUUUGUAAACAUAACAGAAGUAGAGAGAUUUCAGAAUUGUCAUGAGGACUUUCUUGAAAUAAUACAACUAUACAUUCCAUUAAAAGAAGAAGUGAUGAGUGCAUUAACUUCACGUGUAAAUUAUCCAUCUACGCUUGAAAGAUCAUAUGAGGCAUGGAUACAACGUUGGCAUAAUUUAGAAAAAGAACUACAAAUCUACCUUGGAACAAAUCAGCAUAUAUUAGAGCCUACAAGUGUAUAUUGUGGAAGUUAUGUGCCAGGUCCAGUUGUUUCAGAUACGUCAGCUACCGCUAUCCUAAUGCGAUUUCAUAGCGGACAGAAUACUACCUCCAAAGGUUUUACACUGACCUAUGAAUUUCUACCGAAAGCACUUCUCAACCCAGUGAAAUCAAAUGUUGCAGAUAAACCCGCUAGCGAUAAUAAUAAUAAGGCUAAGCAAAUGAAUAAAUAUGUGGCAGGUGGUUUAAUAACAUCACCAAACUACCCAAAUUCAUACACGAAUGGUUAUAAUCAUGAGUGGUAUAUUAAAGGAACCCUUGAUAACAGUCGCAUUCAACUUCAGUUUAACUUCUUGGAAUUGGAGGGUUCACUAAUGAAUUGUUCAAGAGCAGUCCUUCGGAUAUACGAGGGUCACAAUCCUAGAAGUCUUUAUGAGUUUUGUGGGAAUCCUAGUGAGCUUUCUUCAAUUAUUAUAUCUAAUCCUGUAGCAAGAGUGAAAAUGCACACAGCGACGGAUGCUUCUGGUUCUAAAGGUUUUGAGUUGGUUUGGACGGAUUUGCUUCCAAAUGAUCCUGAAAUUGGAUGUAAAGGAUUUCUGUGUGAACACACCAGUCAUUGUAUAUACAAUGAUCUAGAAUGUGACGAAAUUCCAAAUUGUGGGAUGUAUCAAAAGAACGGAAAAUGGGUAAAAGACGAGUCAGAUGAAACGACUAAUUGUUCAUUUGGAAACAGUUACAAUCUAGCUCAUAUUGGCACGGGCAUACUAUUGGCUUUGAUUUUUCUUCUUUCCAUAGCCUGUUAUGUUUAUUAUCAUGAAUACAAACGUAGGAAAAAUAUGCCAUUGGAUCCUUUAACAGAGUUAACUGGUUCAAAACACUCACUAGCAUUGAAUCAAUCUACUCAAAAACUGAAUGCACACUGUUCAAACAAGAAACAUCAACUGCAUAAGCAUCACAACUGUCAAACAUCUGGAUUACUGUGCGAUUUGUUAACUGAGAAAGAAACUGAUGUCAGUUCAGUAAAAAAGCAUCAACAUCAUCGUCAUCAUUAUCCGCAUGCCCAACAUCUGUCACAUUCGCAUCAAAUCCCCUCACAUACUCAUCCUCACCGUCAUCACCAUCAUCAUAAUCAUAACAGAAAAGUGUUUGAACAGGGUGGACACUCACAUUUAGUCAAUGCACAACAUGAUUAUCAUGGAGCACAUUUUCCCUUGGAUAAUCAACAUGAUCAUUGUCGUACAAACAGAAUGAGUAAUAAAUUGCAACAAAGGACUCCAUCACAUUCAGGAUCACUAGUGAGAAAUGGUGGACGUACGGUGGUACCAGAUUCUUUACAUAGUAGUGCUGCUAAUAAUCCAGGUGGAUUACUUGUUGCGGGAACUGGGACUAAUCUAUCAACCAGUAUGGAUGGAGGUUUACUUAUCAGAGAAAGAAUGCAAAAAAUAUCGAUAGUUUGA